UAUGUGGCUCUAGGUUUAGUUGAAAGAUCUAUAUUCUGAUCAUGGUAAACCAGGCGCAAUCUUGUGAUCUGAAGGAUUUGGUCCAGAAGUUUAUUCCUGAAUCAAUUGAUAGGGAGAUUGAGAAGACAACUUCAAGCAUCUACCCUCUGCAGAAUGUCUUCAUUCCCAAAGUCAAGAACUUGAAAGCUCCCAAGUUUGAUCUUGGCAAGUUGAUGGAGGUCCACGGUGACUACUCUACGGAGGAUGUUGGAGUGAAAAUGGAAAGGCCUGCUGAGGAGCCUGUUGAGGCAGCAGCUGAGGUAAUUGGAGCUUAAAUGAAGCUUUAUGGGUUUCUUUUGUUUCUUGAAUGUUGUUUAUGGUUUUUCAAAAUAAGGUUCCAUCAACAUUGCUCAUAAUAUAGUUCAACAUGAUAGAACCAAGAAUAUUGAAGUUGACAGACAAUUUAUUAAGAAAAAGUUGAGCAAGGUUUUGAUUUGUAUGUCAGUUAGAAGAUAUAUUCACU